AGUUCCCGGCUAUGGCUCUGUGGGUGCUGCUGCUCCUCGCGGUGCUCCCCGUGACGCCCUCCGCCUCCCCUCGCUGCGCCCCGCAGUGCCCCCCCGGCACUUACCCGCACCCCCCGAGCCGAACCCGGCAGCGCUGCGGCCCCCCGAGGGGCCGCUCGGAGCCCGUCCAGUGCCGAGAGCUCCGCUGCCCCGCGCCUCUCUCUUUCCCUCACGGCACCUUGGAGCCGCGCUUCCCCGCGUACUCCUCCGGCAGCGUCCUCCGCUUCACCUGCGACGACGGCUUCGUGCUGCGAGGGGCCGCGGAGCUGCGCUGCAGACCCGGGGGUGUCUGGAGCGAGCCUCCCCCUGUGUGCGACGACGGCGAAGGUGACUGUCCCCCCCCUGUGAUACCAGCUGGGGGGGUGACAACCGGCAGGGGACGGCACCAUGGGGCUGAGGUUAGGGUGCGCUGUGGGGCAGGGCUGCAGCUACUGGGACCUUCCCAGCGCCACUGCAUGGAGACUGGGAGGUGGUCCGGGCCUGAGCCCACCUGCCGCAACCCCUAUUCCUACGACCUCCCUGAGGACAUCAGCAGUGGCCUUGGCUCUUCCUUUGCCUCCAUCCUGGAGCUGGCGGGUGCCCACACUGAGAAGGACACAUCCCUGGGGCGCCGCAUUGUGCUGAACCGCAAUGGGUCCCUCCAUGUCUACGUGCUUCUGGACGCCUCUGGCAGUGUCCAACAGGACAACUUCGAGCUCUUCCGGCAGAGUGCGGUGGCCAUCGUGGACAGGCUCAGCAGCUUCGAGGUGCCCCUCAGGUUUGCCAUCGUCUCCUUCGCCAGCCGCACACAUAUCAUCAUCUCCACCACUGAAGACGAUGCUUCCGAUGCUGACGUAGUCAUUGCGCGCUUGGAGGCCAUGAAGUUUGGCGUGCACGGGAACGCAACAGGGACCAACAUGCACGAGGCGCUGUUGGAGGUCUACCACAUGAUCCUCUUCCAAGUGGAGCGGUCAGUGAGGGAUGGCCAACCCAACGCGUGGAGGGACACGCGGCAUGUCGUCAUCCUGCUGACAGACGGGAGGUUCAACGUUGGCGGACAUCCCCGGGACGCGGUGGCCAAGAUUGAGGACGUGCUGGAGAUCAAAGGGGACCGUGCGGAGUACCUGGACAUCUAUGCUUUUGGGGUGGGGACCCUGGAGGUGGACAUGGCCGAGCUGGAGGCAGUGGCCACGCACCGCCGGGAUGAGCGCCAUGCCUUCAAGCUGGCGGAUGCAUCGGCACUACGCCAGGCACUGGAGGGAGCGUUGGCUGCCACUGCCAUUGGGGACCUCUGCGGUGUCAUCAUCCCUGCUGGCACUGCCCGGCCACCGUGGCAUGUCGUUCUGAGGACUGGAGCACAGCAGCGUUGUGCAGGGACCCUUCUGGGGGGCCGCUGGGUGCUGACGGCUGCGCACUGCUUCCUGGGGGGUGAGAGCCCCCAUGUCUGGAGCGCCGAGCUGGCAGGGGGUCAGGAGGUUUCCAUCCGGGGGUGGAACCUCCAUGAGGACUUUGACAUCCGGGGGAGGGCGGCAUGGGGGGUCCCUGAAUUCUACGACUAUGAUGUGGCCCUGGUGGAGCUGGAGAAGGAGGUGGGAGACACAGGGGCCCCCAGGCGCAUCUGCAUACCCUGCACUGAGGAUGCAAACAGAGCUCUGAGAAUGGCACCAGGGACCACAUGCCAGAAGCAAGAGGCGGAGCUGUUGGGCCACACUCGUGUCCCCGCUGAGUUUGUGUCGCUGGAGGGCAAGAGGUUGAGCGUCAGGAUCAAGGAGCGAGAGGAGCGUGCCUCCUGCCUGAGGGGUGCAGUGCAGCCUGGGAUGCCCCAUGCCAAUGCCUCUGUGAAGGAUGUGGUGACAGAACGGUUCCUGUGCAGUGGGCAGGAGAGCGGCGGUGAGCACGAGGACAUGGCCUGCAAAGGUGAAUCCGGGGGUUCCCUCUUUGUGGAGCGCCGCCACCGCUUCCUCCAGGUGGGGGUCCUGAGCUGGGGCACCUUCAAUCCAUGCCACAGGGGGGGCCGCAACUCCGAGGGGGGGCUGCUCCGUGCCCCAGCCCCCCGUGGCCACCACCCCCGGGAUUUCGCCAUCAGCCUCUUCCGCAUUCAGCCCUGGUUACGGCGGCACCUGGGGGGGGUCCUGCGCUUCACCCCCGUGUGACUCCCCACCACGGCAGGACUCCCCCCCCCCCCCCCAGGGGUCCUACCCAUUGAACUCCUAUCGGAGCUCAAUGGGACCCCCCCCACCCCAAUCUGUCCCUCCCCCCCAAAUAAAGUUGUGCUCCUGAU